AUGGAGCUAAUCACCUACAUUGCCAUAUGUCUCUCGUUCGCCUUUCUCCUCCCUUCCUACGCCACAGCAACUACGCCAGCCGGCAUGAUAGAGCGGGAAACCAAGCAGCAGAUUCUGGCAAGCAUUCCGCCACAUGGGCAGGAGAAUCCCGUGCUGUUCCUGACGUCGCCUUCCGGGAAGUACGCGGCGCACUUCAUACGCAGCCAGACCGUGCCGGGUGCCGGCGGCCUCGGGGCGGACUUCUGCUAUGUGGAAAUUCUCGACAUCCCCGAGCAAGGAGCAGAGGGGCAGAGCGUGUGGGAGUCAGAGUGCUUGGCUGUGAGCACCAUCAACACCUGCGCCCUCGUGUUCUCAUGGAAAGGUUUGGAGGUGUUCGACGGGAGUAACUCGGUGUGGCACACACAUGACACGGAGUCGGUUGACAACAACUUCCUCAGAACCCUGCAGCUUGUGGACGAGGGUGACAUGCGCAUCCUCGACAAGGGCGGUGAGCUGGCUUGGAAGGCCAGCGAUGAGCCACGGGCGGCGCAGCACUGCGGGAUGCCCGGCUCACCUGGCCUGGUCUCGGCAACGGCGCCCUUCGCCCAGCCUAUCGGGCAGGGGAGUGGCAACCUGCCAUUUGGACAGGAUGAAGGAGGCAAUGGGAAUGGCAACGCCGGCGCAGCACAGCCCGAGCUGCCGCUAGCACCGCUGCCACAGGCGGCAGCGUACGGUGGUGUCGCUGGGCAGGGGCAGGGCGUGGAGGAAGUUGGGCAGACGAUUGGAUUUGGUAGCCAACCAUUGGUGGACAACAGCCCGUAUGAUAGUGGUGCACUGAAGCAUGGAUGCAGCUUGCUUGGAACUGGAGUUGCCUUGGGUCUCAGUGUUGCCAUUGCCAUGGCCCUCGGUUUCUGA